CAGGAGAUUUAACGAAACAAGUAUUCUGACAACUGUGCAGAUACCAGGAAGCAUAUACAAAUACGAUGUGGUGUUGACUGGCGACUCAAAUUGUGAGAUCAUCCUUGAUACACUCGGACUAAAAUCUGAAAAAGACAUGCCGUGUAAGACUGUUGGUGUUUUCCAAGUGCCUCACCACGGAAGCAAGAAAAACAGUAGUAUGGCACAAACAAAAGGACAAGGUUCUUACCUGAGUUGUCAUACAUUUUACACGACAUUUGUUGCAAAAAUCUACUUAAUCAGUCAUGGUAAUCACAAAGGGUAUAAUCAUCCGCAUAGUGAAGUUAUCACAGGCAUUCUCUCUGCUGCUGUCCAGAAUAAAAAUAAGUGCAAGAUAGUGGUCACGGCAACACAGUUUGAAUCAAGUUCAAGCGAGGAAAAUGCAAAAAUCAAUUACAUUGAAGGCGGCAACAACGUAUCAAACUGGAGGAACUAUGUUGAUAUCUACUACUUCAAGAAAGACAUUCCGUACGUCACACUGGAUCAUACCGAUAAAACAGUACCAGAUGACUUACAGAAGUACAGUAUAGAAGAGGAAAACGACGAGCGUGAAAAGCGUGAACACAGUAUUGAAAAAGGUUCUAGCUCUGCAAUACUUGAAGAAACACUAAUCACAGAAGAAGGUUCUAGCUCAGCAAUACCCAACAAAUCUGAGGAAACACCGAUCACAGAACAUUCUAAAUCAAGAAGCUCUUUGAAAGUCAUGUACCAGAGAAAGACGUUGCUUUGCUACAGCCUUCAACUGCAACUCCAACCAUCAUUGAGUCACACGAACUUGACUGUACAGUGUGUGGAAAACAAACUGAACCCACUCGCGUAGUCAUAUGCACGCAAUGCAAUUCCCAUGCCCAUGCCAACGGAGAGUGUACCCGUUACACUAGGGCAUCUAAGAACUACCUCUGUGCUAAGUGCCGAACAUGUACCGUUUGUAAUGAGUUAACCAAAGAAUCUGGAACGUUCACAGCUGUAUGUAAACUAUGCGGAUCUCAAGCUCAUGCCAAUGCAGAGACAGACUGCACCCCGUAUACAUGUAAAAAGUAUGUUUGCAAGAAGUGCGUUUCCGAACUGUCAACAUGAACGGUUUGCAACAAGGUAACAUGCAGAUCAAAUACUGUGUGCACAUUAUACUAUUAAUAGUUAUUAAAUUUACUUCCUGAUUCGUUAUUAUUGUAUGGUUUCUGUUGCAUGCUCUAUUAUGUGAGAGCCCGGCUUUAGAAUUUGCUCUAUAUACCUUUGUGAAAAUCUUGUGCCUAUAUAUAAAUACAUAAUUAUACCUUUGUUCUUGUGCAUUUUAUCAGUUGUUAAAUACUAUUUCGAACUCAAAUGUUGUCUGCGUGGAACAGUCUCACCUAUUACAUUUGAUUCAUUACCGAGGGGCUGCAGUUUAGUUAGUCAGUCAAUGUGUCUGUUUUGUCGGUUUUGUAUUUUGACUUACUGUCUUAGUUUUUGUCUCGGUCAAUGUACUGUAUACUGCUCAGU